GAGAUUUCCCCACACCUGUGGCAUGUUUAGAGCAAACAGUUUAAAAAAAAAAAAAAAGUCUCACUAUUUCUUCUACUACUUCUACAGAAGUUUGUUCUUUGUUUGCUGACACUCUACCGAGAUGCAGCUAGCAUCUUUAGGUCAUUUCUAAUCAGCUGUGUAGAGGAGCAUCAUGCGGUGGGGAAAUCCGUCAGUGUGAUGUCAAAGGCUGCGGACGGCCGAGAGGCGGAUCUGAAGGAGCCCAGGACAGCGUGUGUGAGCAAAAUGAAACAUGGAUGAGGAGGUCGUCGAAAGUUGGGAGGAAGCUGCUGAUAGUGGGGAAAUGGAAAAACGGUUGGAAGAGAAGCUAAGGAUCAGCCAGAGAGAAAAGGAGUCCAGUAAUAAUUCUCAACGAUCCCCAUUGAGGACAACCAUGGUGAUACAGGACGACUCUCUACCAGCAGCACCCCCACCUCAGAUACGCAUCUUGAAGCGGCCUGCAAGUAACGGUUCAUUGGGAUCACCCUUGAAUCAGAACAGGCCCACACCACAGGUCAAGUCUCUGGCCCAGCGUGAAGCAGAGUACGCAGAGGCCAGGAAGAGAAUACUGGGCAGCGCCUGCCCAGAGGAGACGCCUCAGGAAAAGCCCAACACUGACAGGCCAGGGCGCAAUAACUCUACAUUGCCUUCAGAGGACACCAGAUCUAACAAUCACACUGUGGGGCAGCCAGACGGCACCCAAGGGUUCCGACAGCACAGAUAAGUGGGCCCCGGGGCCACCCAGCCGUUGAGGGGAGAGAGAUCGAGGGCAAAUUUGAGAGCAAAGACGGCAAAGUAUCUUAAAACUAUCUUUCUGUGGUUCCAUUCUAUCAGACGGGCUGCGAGUACAGCCACGCUGCUGCCUCCCACUAUCAGUCGUGUUGAACUGACCGGGAGCAAGGAACUCCACGAGGAAGACAGAUGGAAAUAAGCUCUCUUCUCCCUCCCCACUCCAGUCUGUUUGACACUGUGAUUAUGGACAUCUUCUGGACUCACUGUGAUGAUCCCUUUAAGAGAGGCCCCUCACCUCCAUCUUCCUCCUCCUCCAGUCCCCAGCCACUCCGCCUCAGGACGCCUGCAAGGCGGAAGCAAAGACUUAAAUGGAGGGCGGCAAAGAGAGGAGAAGUGACGGGCCAUAGCAAAAUGAGAUGAGCUGGUACCUGGGCAGCAGCUUCUCCCUAGCAAUAAUACCAGAUAUCACUUCUCAAACCUUUACACGUUUUAAAUUUUUCAGAUGUUUGCUGACAGUUUUUAUCUUUUUGUUUUCUUGCUUGUCUUUAUUAUUGAUGCUAGGGAUGCUCUGAUAUCUACAGUACAGAUAAAAGAACUUCACAUUAUACAUACACCACAAAUAACCCAUUUAUUAAGAGUAUUUAGAAUUGAGAUUUUUUUAAAUAAACAUAUCUGCAGUUUUUAUGAAAUGGGAAACAUUGCAUUUCUCAACCUUUGUUCGGUGUUAAAAUGCUCAAAAAUGCUACAUUUCGGUUUCUCCUUAAAGUCGAAGCUCAGACACUCAGUGUCACAGCUUGUGGUGUCUUGACUGGUACCUGCCCUGUAACUGUGCUGUUAGCAUAAUCACCACAUGGCUAUUAUGUAGACUGCCAUUUGUUUUUAAAAACUGAGGUUAAGGGUCAUGUGUGUCAAGUUGUUUAUCCAACGAGUUCUCUUAAAGCUAUGUUUUUAUUUUUUAUUUUAAGCCUUUCAGCUGUCUUCCUUAGACUGUAACAUCAUUUCUAUUUAAAAGUGAAAGCAGAAAAAAAAGACAGAAUGAAAAGAUUAUGGGUUUAAAUCCAUUUUUAGCUUUUCUGCCUUUUUGUAUGAGAUGGCAGCAAUGUCAGAGCAGUAUUUUAAUCGAAAUGAACCAAAAUCCCAUUUUAAAAUCAACUUGUACAUACAUCAGUUAAUCCAGAUGUCAUUAUGUGAAGGUGCUGGCGGCGGCUUGAGGGGGGUGUCAGGUGGGGGAAUGAAUUUACUGCUGUACUCGACAAGCCUCUCUGUCACAUCUCAAGCUCGUCAGCGGUGUGCUCGUUUCUUCAUGUCCUUCAUUGACGUCCAGUACGUAGGAACUCAGGUGCAAGUGAACGAGACUGAAUGAAUGAAAUGAACUAAGAUUGUAUUUUUCCAGUGGGUUUGAUUGCUCAAACAGCAAAUGUCCGUAUUGAAGCUUGGGCUGGCACUAGAUAGAAACAGUGCUGUAGAGUGUGUGGUGAAAUGUAACUGAAAUGAUGUCCCAGGAUGAGUGAAUGCCAGGUUUUAUUUUGUUUUGUUUUUUCCUUUUUUUGUCUGUUGGCAUCUGGGUCGUGUUACAGAACAGAAACGGUAACGUCACCCCUCGUGUAAUUGGUCAGUGACUGAUGGUCUUCUGCUGAAAUGGAUCAUGGAAACACUGUAUGUGAACUGACUGCCUGGCUGAGUGACCAGGACCAUUGUGCCCAGUAGAUGCUGUUAGUUUUUCACCUUUUUUUUGUUCAAACAGAGAAGAGAUCUCAAAUUAAGCCAUAUUCAGUGGUGCACACCAUCAAUAGAAAAGUUAUUGUAAUGGCUGAAUUCAGCUUGUGCCUCCUGUAUCACAUCUUAACUUCCUGGUUGUUGAUUUUUAUUAGUGUAGAUCAAGAAACUGAUCCGAGGGGGAAUUCACAAUACCGGUAAGAGAUUUUAGUUCAGGAAAUCUAGAGCAGGAGACAGACGGGGUUAGCUGAGCUCUGAGUGAGAACACAAACUGCCUGUAAAUACUGAUUUAAUAAAAUGAUUUGCAAAAAAA